AUGGUCAGGCUGCACUGGGUAAGAAGGCUUUCAGGCCUGACAAAAAUGCGGAGGAGAGACGUGAACGUGUGGGCAGUGUGCGGUGUUUCAGUGUGGCUGCUCAUAAGUACAUGGCUGGUGACCUCGAAGCAGAAUUUGGGUGGUCCUUUCGCUAGCUGGGAUCCCAGGAAAAGCUGGAGCACAGGCUGGAGCACAGACAACGGAACGGCGGCCGAGAAGGUCGAUUUAGUAGAAAGCUACCGCGAAUUUUACUACGGUACCAAGUUCGAGUAUCCCGACCCGUAUACUCUGCAGAAAGACCUUUUCGUGGUACACGUCGGUCCGGAGAAGGGCCGGCGGCUUGCGUCUGUGGAUGAGCUGGAGUUCUACGACUCAGACCCGCGGCUGGUGUGGAGCGUCGUGUUUGAGCACUUGCUGCAAGACCGCAACGGCUCGGGAUCGCUGCCCUUCUCGUGGUACGACUGGGCGGAUUUCAGGGACUACAAUAAGCUACUGUCGCUCAAGAAGACGGAUGUCCCGUGCAAAUUCUUCUUCCAGAAGCACUUCGAUUCGUCAAAGCUGGCAGAAAUCGAGAUCGAGAUAGGCGAGUUUCUUUUUGAGCUCGACAGAGACUACUACUUCGACGCACCCUCGGAGGACAGCAGUGCUGAUGUGCAGGACCGCAUAGCAGAUGCCUGUGUUUCGAACCCGCGCGCUGACGCGGGUGCACGCAGCACUGUGGUGACGGCUCUCAAGGACAAAGUCAGGCCCGAGGUUUACAGGCUCCAGGCAAGAAACCACUUGCUUAACACUGUGGAAAACCCUAUAUCUAUCACAAUCAUGGACAAAGACUCGGGAUCCUGGCAGUUUAAUGUUGAAAGAAUACCCCGGAAAAAUAUUUUGGAGUCCGGACUGCUGGACUCAUAUUUACAAAGAAAAGAGGUCAAAAACCACGAUCACGUUUUCGAUCUUUCGAAGCAGUUUGCGGAGUUCGAGAAGAGUAAACCUGCGCGGGCUCACCGCGUUAAUAUCACUGAAAUAUCUGAAGAAGAGAGAAAUGCGUUCCAUGCGCCGUCUACGCAUAUACGAAAGUCAGACUUUGAAUUCGAUGCCUUGACGAGGAUUCAAGAACUUGAAAGUAAAAUCGACGAGCUAACGGCUCACGAGAAGGCGUACCUGAACAGCCUGCGGGUGUCUACUCAAACUCAUUAUGCGUUCGCGCCAAAACAUUUCCGCGAGCCCUCGGACCUGAGUGAUUUCGAGUCCCUAGGAUGGCACCAUGACGCGAGGUUUUUUAAUGGGGCAGUUUUCCAAGACUUUCUUGACGCCCGGACCAGGCUUGAUUCCAUGAUUCGGACAUUUCAAAAGUUUCUGAAGGCUCACGGUCUGAUAUGCUGGCUUGCGCACGGCACGCUCUACGGAUACGUUUACAAUGGCUUAAGUUUUCCCUGGGACAACGAUUUUGAUGUUCAGAUGCCUAUUAGACAUCUUCAUAUCAUGGCACAGCAUUUCAACCAGACCCUUGUGCUAGAGGACCCAAGAGAAGGAAAUGGGAAAUUUAUUAUAGAUGUGGGAAGCUCAAUUACAACGCGGAUUAAAGGCAACGGCAUGAACAAUAUAGAUGCUCGGUUCAUCGAUGUGGACUCUGGACUGUACAUUGACAUUACUGGGAUAAGUGUAUCCUCCGCCAUGCUCUCUGACCGUUACGCAGCUGAAUUCUACAAGUUUAGAGACUCCAUCGGAACCGAAAUCAAACACGCCGACCCUAACCUAAUAGCAAAUGAGACUGACAUACCCCUCCAGGUUUUAGCGAACAGAAUGGACAGUGACGCAAAGUACACAGAAGAGGAUAAAAAGGCGUUGGAAAAACUUGUAACAGAGGCCAACAAAGAGAUGUCGAGCUCGAAAUCUCCUUCCAAAUACUACUCCGCAGAGCAACGCUACAAUUUAAACUACGAGCUGGACUUGUACAAUUGCAGAAAUCACCAUUUCUUACAAUACGAUAUGAUAUCGCCAUUGAUACUCACAAGGUUUCAUGGCGUCCCCGCGCUUGUACCCAACCAAUACAUCACUACACUGAGAAAAGAGUACUCGGUCCCAUCCAGGUAUGGUUUCCUUGCCCACAAGGGCAAUACCUAUGUUCCAGAAUUCAGGUAUUGGUGCACAUCAACUGUUUUGAAACAAGCAAUGAACAAAAAGGGGACUCAGGAGGGAAUAGAGGUUGUUAAUUCACCACUCAAUAGUCUUAGUAUCGAGGAUGUCGGGCUUCUUUACAAAAAUAUUGCAGAGCUUCGGGAGGUUGAGCUACUCUCGCUUCUUCAUAAUAGCCGAAAGCAAAGCACCUACCGUCUGAAAGAACUCGAACUGCAAUACGCAAAUGGAACUGCGCAUCAAAGGAUCGAGGAAUUACGACGGCUAGAAGAGCAGCUAGGAUCCGAUUUGUGCCCGCUCACCAAGGAUCCUUACAUUCAGCACCUACAAAGAGAAAAGUGGAGGGCCUUGGCCACACCAAAUGAUCCAUCCUCAGAAGCUCUUUCGGAGGUGGAUCUUGAAGUAGCAACUGACCUGCUAAAGUGGGUAGAAUUAAUGCAUUCUAAACAGCUGCCAUUUCUUAAAAAGGCUGUCUCAGGUGAGAACCCAGAGAGCAGAGACUACAACCAAAUAGAUGGCAUAGAGGGCAACUUUAUUUUCCGACUGGACCCUGACUUAAGGACUAAAGAAGAUGAUUGA